AUGGCCCGAUUAAUGCUGCUUUUAGUGCUGGCUCUCGGCUCCACCUCUGCAGCAUACCAGAAACAUCUGUCAUUCGAGGAGGCGGAACAGGUAAACAGACUCCGCAGCGCGAUCAAAAAUGUUGUGGUUCUGGUUCAGGAAAACCUGUCCUUUGACCAUUUUGCCGGCGGUCUCACAUAUAACAGCAGCAUUGAUGGUUUAGCAAAUCGGCAAUACUGCAACCCAGCCAACAUCUCGAUACCCGAUACCUCCCGCCAAGUUUGUGCGGCAAGUACAGCUCAGAAUGUCGCAGCAGACGACCCCAACCACAGCAUUUCGGGCAUCAACAUGCAAAUAUUUGGCACCUACCACCCCCUUCUAGACUCCGAGUCCUCGAUGGACGGAUUUGUCACCGAACAGCGAAUGUCCUACAGACUAGACCGAUUGCAUAAACAACAGGAGGAGUUGAUGUUACCCCACAGGCCUCUCAUACUACAUGACGAAGUACGAAGAAGCCUCAAAGAAGAAGAUAUAGAAGCACUGGAACGAGAGCGUGCGGCAGAAGUUAUCGAUUAUUUCGCACCUGGAAAUAUCCCCGUGUUCAACGCGAUCGCAGAGAACUAUGUUCUAUUUGACCGAUGGUUCGCUGCUGUUCCCGGCCCAACAAACCCCAAUAGAGCCUAUUUGACAUCAGGUACAUCAUAUGGCCACGGUAUGAAUGAUCAGAGCUUUCUGCAUUCGGCAUUACCGCAGAGGUCAAUUUUCCAGCAAUUAUCGGAGAAGGGCAUUAGUUGGGUAAACUACGAGAAUUCAACGAGCGCUACCCCUUAUUUCUUGCCCGAUGCGAUGUUUUAUCGAUGGACCGAGCAGUCUUCUGAAAGCAAGACCAGCAUAAGACCCAUUCAGCAGUUCUAUGAGGACGCUGCUAAUGGAGAGUUACCGAGCUUCACGUAUAUCAAUCCCGAGUGCUGUCACUACAUGUCAAUGCACCCUCCUUCCCCAAUCAAUAUGGGUGAAAAUUGGGUAAAGAGUAUUUAUGAGGCUGUACGAAACUCUCCUCAAUGGAAUCAGACAUUAUUUAUCCUAACUUGGGAUGAGCAUGGUGGAUUUGCGGAUCAUGUCGCACCACCGAGUGGAGUUCCGCCGGGAGAUAGUCUGACAUACACUGAGAGGGCCGCAGAUGGGAGCGAUUAUACAUUCCAUUUUGAUCGUCUCGGUGUUCGUGUUCCUACCGUUCUCAUUUCUCCAUGGGUUGGCAAGGGUCUUAUUCAGAAUAAGCCGGAUGGCGAUAACGACUUCACCCACACUUCAAUCUUGAAGACUCUUUCUGAGCUUUGGGAUUUGGACAUCCUAACUCCACGGGUGGAAUGGUCGCCCUCAUUCAAACAUUUAAUUACAGAGGACUUCCGAGAAGACACACCCGCUUACCUUCCUGGUGCAGCGGACUUUUAA